CAAACCGUAGAGUUAAGAAGUUCAUUUUAUAUUAUCCGUAUCUACCUACUACAAGCAAAUUGAUUUCAGUGUAGUAAUUAGAGUUUGUUAAAAGUUAUAACUUAUCUAAACACCUCAAUACAUAAGUACAAACAAAAAAAAGAGCACAUUAAAUAGGACCUACUGUGUUAUAUUAAUCAGACUAUCAGACCACAAAGUAUGUGGAACUUUUUAGUUUAAUUUAUACAAAAAAAUGUGAUUUUGUUCUAGUUGUCCUACUUUUCGGUAAAAUGGGAAACACUGAUAAGUUUUCUAACUUCAACUGGUUAAAUGAACCAAAUUCCUGGAGUUUAUCUAAUGACGUGCUUCAAGUAACAACGGACAAUAGAAAGGAUUUCUGGCAGGAGACGUGGUACAACUUCACUUUUAACAGCGGUCAUGUGUAUGGGAUUGAGAUCAAGGAGGAUUUUACAAUGGAGGUUUGCGUGGAAGCGUCGUUUACCACUCUGUAUGACCAGGCUGGUCUCAUGAUAUACGUGGAUGAGAAGCAUUGGCUUAAAACAGGCAUUGAGUACAACGAUGGCCAAGCUAUGAUCGGCAGUGUACUCACCAAUGGAGUUUCUGAUUGGGCUACUGGAGUGUUUACCGGUGAUCCGUUCAAAUUUUGGAUACGGCUAAGCAAAGUGGGCGGCGUGGUCUGUGUGAAGUACUCCACUGACAACGUCACUUGGACCUUGCUGAGGUUGAGUCCUUUCCCGAUAUCUGACAAAUAUUUCGUCGGGCCAAUGUGCUGCACCCCUCAGAGAGAAGGGUUACUUGCGAAGUUUAGUGGAUUGAAGAUAACCGUCCCGGAUAAAGAUAUAUUGCAUUCGAAUUAAUGUGUUUAAGACCAACAAACACUUAUAAGAGUUAACGGUUAGUUCUGCCUACACCAAUUUACAACUUUAAUUUUUAGAAUUAAGAUAUAUAUUGUAGUUAGAUAACAUAAACUAUGUAUUAUAUUUUUUAAAUAUUGUAAACGUUGUGAAGAUCUGUAAUAAGUUGAAAAUUCACCAUUGGGCACAACGUAUGUAAUCAAUAUGUAUACACGAUACAAUGUUCUGCGGUUGGUCUUCCUAAAUAAAUAAAUAAACUUUAUAACACUUCGCAGGGCGUAGACCAUUCGUCACUUUGUAAUAUGCAACAUGCAGCGUGGUCUGAUCGACCACGAUUUUCAUUUAAUUUUAACUUCAUAUAGCCUUUAACACACAUACACAAUAAUAAAUGAAAUAAACUCGGCUGAAACUAAUUAAUUAUUGCCGGAGCAAGCUCUACUAUUUUCGAACCCAUUCAGGGCUCAGGCUGUUUCACUCACGCCGCGUGUAUGAAAUAGCACAUGACCAUCACGUGAGUUUCAGCAGUGUGUGUGUUUGUAUUCUAUGAUAAGACGAUUUAAAUAAUAAAUUAUAUAUUAGAA